GAAGCCAAAAUGGCGACGUGCAUGUUGUCGUCAAAGAUGUCGCCCUUGGUGUCACCCAUCAUUAGAUUUCUACUGAAAGAUCAGUACUAUUCCUCGAAAACGAUAUGUAACGGUGUGACUAACAUUUCCAGACGAGGCUAUUCGACGGAUGCUCUCCCCCAGCCGGCUGCAGAAGACAGCAAUGCUGCCGCAGCGUACAGCGGACCACUGGAGCACUACAACAGUCUGGUCAGGGAUGAGUCGCUGCAAGAGGACCCACAUCAAAAAGCCGUGGUUCAGACCUUGGAUAAAAUGCACAAAACCCUAAGAGGUUACAACAACCAGCCUACGUCCCUCUUCUCGAAGUUUUUCUCUAAGCCAAAGCCCCCAAAAGGGUACUACAUCUAUGGAGAUGUUGGCACAGGGAAAACGAUGGUAAUGGACAUGUUCUACUCCUACGUGGAGACAGAGAAGAAAAAGAGGGUCCAUUUCCACGGCUUUAUGUUAGAUGUACAUAAUAGGAUACAUCGCCUUAAAAAGAGCCUGCCAAAAAGGAAAGCUGGGAGGAUGGCUAAAGUCUAUGACCCGAUUGCACCAAUAGCAGAGGAGAUCAGUGAAGAGGCCUGUCUGUUGUGCUUUGAUGAGUUUCAGGUGACAGACAUUGCAGAUGCCAUGAUUCUGAAACAGCUCUUUGAAAACCUCUUUAAGAAUGGGGUUGUCGUCGUGGCCACGUCCAACCGCCCCCCAGAGGAUUUGUACAAGAACGGACUACAGAGGGUCAACUUUGUGCCAUUUAUUGCUGUGUUGAAGUCUGCCUCUUUCAUGCAGAACUAUUGCCAAGAGCUUCGUCUGGACUCUGGGAUAGACUACCGCAGAAGAAACAGACCCUUAGCUGGGAAACUGUACUUCCUCUCAAGUGAACCUUGUGUUGAGGCAAUACUGGACAAGAUGUUUGACGAGCUGGCCUUCAAACAGAACGACAUAACACGGCCAAGGACUCUGAAACUGCUAGCCAGGGAGGUCAGUCUUAUGAAAACCUGUGGGACCAUAGCAGACUGUACCUUCGAGGAGCUGUGUGAUAGACCAUUGGGUGCCAGUGACUACUUGGAGAUUUCCAGGCAGUUUGAUACUGUAUUCAUCAGGAACAUUCCCCUGCUCACUAUGAACAAGAAGACUCAAGCGAGACGCUUGAUCACGCUUAUCGAUGCCUUCUAUGAACACAAGGUACGAGUGGUGAUUCUGGCCGAUCACCCUCUGGAUGACAUCUUUGUACACGACGGAGAUCACGAACACCACCAUCAUGAACUCAUGGAUGAUCUCAACCUAAAAAAGGAUGCAGCCAGUGAGUUGUCUAUCUUCAGUGGAGCAGAGGAGAUCUUUGCCUUCCAAAGGACAGUGUCUCGCCUCACUGAGAUGCAGACUGAAGAGUACUGGCUGGAAGGGGACAGGAGCACCAUCACCACGUAGCUGUACAGUACCCCUCACCAACCCUCUAAACCCUUCACUACCUGCAAGGACAGUGAAAACCACCUCACCAGUACAGACUAUCAGUUAAUUUGACGGGAUCAGUUUGAGCGUGGCGAGGCGCAGAAUCACCAAUCAUGAUCACAUAUAAUAAGUGUGAUUUGUAGAUCAGUGAUUCUACGCCGUCCGACUGCAAAGUAGUCCGUCUCAAACAUGCACAUACACUACCAUGAGGGACUCCAAACAAUGGAAUAUAUUUAUUAUACUAAGAAAGUAUGACUUCAAGCCUUUGAUUUUACUUUGCCAUUGCACUUUACAAACUGACCAUAUUGUGCAGAACAUUUUAAGUUAAACCUUUAUCUGUGGAUUUCUUUCUAUACUGUACACAUACGAUAGAUAGGGUAUUUGUGUGAAUGGCUUUUGCAAAAAAAGUUCAAUGAAAUCCACUUCUACAAAUGGUAGAACUACUGGUUCAAAGUACAUUUGUUAUUUUAUUGAUAUCUUAUAAUGAAAAGGAUUGUCUAUUUUAAUAAGUGAUGUACUGUAUGAUUUUAUUGAGACGAUCAUAGAGAGUGAUGACUACAGUAUGGUUCAUAUGGAUGUAUGUAAGGCUGCUUGUCUCUGAUGUUAAAAGCAACAUCCUGCCCUCUUCAUGGUUUUUAAGUUUUAUUUAGCAAACAUAAAUUACUGUAACCUGAGUGCCAGCCUAUACUGUGCUGCCAUGCCACCUCUUUGUCACUCAUUGUCAAAUCAAAUAAUUGGAGUGGGAAAUAGUACAAACAUCUAGGAUCAGGCUAGGAAACAUAGAUUACCGGGCACAAUUGUGUAGUUUGACAUGACAUACACUUUAUGACCAAAAGUAUGUGGACAUCUGCUCGUCAAACAUCUCAUUCCUAAAUCAUGGGAAUUAAUAUGGAGUUGGUCCUCCCCUUUGAUGCUUUAACAGCCUCCACUCUUCUGGGAAGGCUUUCCACUAGAUGUUGGAACAUUGCUGAAGGGACUUGCUUCCAUUCAGCCGCAAGAGCAGUAGUGAGAUCGGCACUCGCAGUUGGCGUUCCAAUUAAUCCCAAAGGUUUUAGAUGGGGUUGAGGUAAGGGCUCUUUGCAGGCUAGUCAAGUUCUUCCACACCGAUCUUGAACAAAUUAUUUCUGUAUGGAACUCGCUUUAUGCACGGGGGCAUUGUCAUGCUGAAACAGGAAAGGGCCUUCCCAUAACUGUUCCCACAAAGUUGGAAGCACAGAAGCGUCUAGAAUGCUGUAGCGUUAAGAUUUCCCUUCACUGGAAAAAGGGGACCUAGCCCAAACCAUG